AUUGCGGGCGCGUCAAUUAAUAAGUUCGGCUAGUACAAGUGUUUUGGACGGUUAGUUCACUUGGUGCCGUCGUAAAUCCCUUGCAUAUACAGUGUCUUAGUAUGAUACUAGAUAAGUAAUAAGCUUCAGAGUUCUUUUGGCCUUACCUACUCAUCGAGUUAACCACUGAAGAUGCAAAAGCGGCGUAAGAACAAUAGCAAAAAAAACAAUGAGGAGUUUGAUAAAAAGAUAACUGAAGUCUACUGUGUCUGUCGUUCUUCAGACGCUGAAAGAUUUAUGAUGUGAGUUACUCAUAGAAUAAAUAACAAGUAUACAGAGCAUGUGAUCAAUGUGAAGAGUGGUAUCACGGAGAUUGCAUUAAUGUCACUCCAAAACAAGCAGAACAGAUAAAAACAUUUUAUUGUCCUCAAUGUCGAUGUAGGAAUCCGUCUUUGGAGAUCGAAUAUAAAAAUACAAGAAGUCAGAAGCCGAAACAAAGUCGUCCAUGUUCAAGUCCUAACAAUGAUAUCACUUCUUAUCCAGACCAACUUUCACCAGGUAAACAGUUCAAAGGGAAAAGAAGGCCGUCAGAUGUUCCGGUUAGUACUUCAGAAGCGGGUGCUCGCAAUACUACAGUCGACCACACAUUGUAUUUGCAGUCUAAAAAUACGCGCAGAUACAAUUCUUCGGGUCCUGAUAUUUCCCCUAAAUCACCUAAUGCCUCAGAUUCAACUAAUUCGGCUGUGUAUGAUCGCAUAUACUGGGGACACGAAGAGCAACCUGGACUUGGGGAUGAUCCAAAAUUGGUAUCUAGUUCGUUGGUACCAAAGAAGCGGUCUGGAUCACCUCGUCUGCGCCCUUGCGGUAAUUGCACAGGUUGCAGCAUACAAGAAGAUUGUGGGAAGUGUGAAUACUGUAAGGACAGGCGGAAAUUCGGUGGCCCCAACAAAAUGCGUCAAAAGUGUAGGUUACGACAGUGUGCUGGGAUGAAUGCUUCCCGCAGCAGAAAUCCUUCUAAUUCUUCACAAGGCGUUGGUUCUCGACGUCGCAAACAGCCACCGAUACUAUCAACACCCAUGGACACACCACCAUCCCAUAUGCAGUCGUAUGCAGAUUUCGAUGACGAACAGUUUGAAGUGCCAUUAGAUUUUUCUCCACGACCAUAUUCUGAUAAUAUUACGCAAUCGUUUCUGUCCCAUCACUCUGCAACUUCAGCUCCACUGAGCAGUAAAGUACGCAGGGGUGAUCACCGUAUUCCAGCCAUUAACGAAAUUGACGGAAUUACUCAUCGAGUGUUUGGACGAUUCAGUAGCGAUGGUUUGAAACCACAUUCUCGCAGUAAAGGACCCAUACCAAAGAUUUAUCCCAUUAAUACUGAUGAACCCAUAGAUUUUGUCGAUAAUGAUUCGGAUGAUGACAUUGUGCUUCCAGAAAUGGCACAUUGCGCAGGUCCAGCUUGCAUGCUAGCGGCUAUUCCCGGUGAAAAAUACUGUUCGGAAUCCUGUAAGCUGAAACAUUCGAAUUCUCGCUGCCCUAUUCGUUCAGGUGUUCCCAAUCUCCGUCCUGGAAUAACUACUAUUGCAUCCCGUGAAGCUAAUCCUAUUCCGUACUCUUUGCCCUAUCCAGAUCAUAUGUAUUGCCGCCAUCAUCGUGUUCAGAAUUGGAACAAUACUUCAUCUCCAUCUUACAGAACUACAAAUCAACCUUUCGAUCAGUUCUCUAUUGAUCAGGCUUACAUUACUACUGAUGGUUUACUACAGUCACGUGGACAUCCGACAUUUAGAUGUUCUUCUGGACCAGUACAUAGAACUGCACCACAACGGCAUUCUAAUUCUCAUCCUGUUUUGAUUAAUACUAGCACUCGAUUGGAUGGCGUAGAUACUCAAGGUAAUACGAUGAUUUGUGACGUUGCUGACACCGCUGCAUUUAUGGACUCUGUGGCCUCAGCAGUACGUAGAAAUAAUCAUGGGACAAUAAAUUCAUUUGCUAAAGAGCUCGGCAUAGAUUUGCCAUCCGCUCAUCCUUCUACUGGAACUCGUUUAUCUUCUUCACCUAGUUUAUCUGGGAUUUAUUCAUGUUAUACUGGGUCGAAUCGUAGCGAUAAUAUUCGACCAGUCGAUUUACAUGCUGUAGAUGAUGAUAGUGAACUACCACCGGAGGUAGAUGAGGAAGCUGAUGUCAAUCAAAUAGUUUCCGAAGUGGGCGGACAUCCUGUUUAUGGUUAUUAUAUGAUUAGUUAUGGCAACGAAACCAACGGUCAUAAUUCACGUGUUUCCUUGACAAACACUUCUACACCUACAUUAAAUGAACAUCGUCUUAGUGCAGGCUCAUUGCGUACUCGAACGAAUAUCCGCCACCUCAGUAACAGAAUGAUUAAUCAAAGUAAUGGUGAAUCAACAAAUGGUAUUCCUGGCCCUCACACUUCUAGUCGAACAUUAACAGUUGGGAGUGUAGGCUUUCGGCAUACGAACUUAAAUGUUAUCCCAGGGACAGUAAGUCAGGAUAAUUGUUUAAGUCCAUCUGGGUCUACUGGUGUAAGUGAUAUAGGUGUCUCUAAUAUGGGAUCAUCGAUAUCCAAUUCCAAUGUGGCACCUCACUCUGUGCCUGUUUAUAUACCUGGUCCCGACGAAUUCUAUACAAUCAAUGAUUCAGAUGACCUAGAAAUCAAUUGGCCGCAAGAAACAGUUGCCGGAGUAAAUGGUUAAUUUUUAAUUGUAUUAUAUUCUUCAAAACGUUUGUCACUUCAUAUGGAAACAUUGGUUCAUCAGUUGGCGACUGGCUAGGAGCUGUUUUACGCUCCUCUUAAUUGGUCCUAUGUAUUUCUAAUUAAUGACCUCUACUGUAUCAUGCUGUAAUGUUACUGAGACCUAAAACUUUUGACCUCUAUUUACCUCUUUGUUUUAUUCAUCAUUACGCUGCAGUGUUAAGUCGGCAAGUUUAAAAAUUCUCUGUAUUUAUACCGUUUAUCAGAUUUAUUCAGUGGCUAUGGUUUAGUCCCCUUGGUUUGCUAAGACAUUAAAUCACAACUUUUGCCUUGUAUACAUGUCUAUUAUAUAUAUAUAUAUAUAUAUAUAUAUAUAUAUAUAUAUAUAUAUUCUCUACCAGCGGCGCCAAAAACGUUUCAUUCACAACAGUCUUGUACAUAUAAAUAGCUGUCUUUUACUUUUUCUAAUUUGUAUAUUUUUGCGUUUAUCUAAGCAUAUUCACUUACAUAUUCUUUACAUUUUUGCGCAGUGGUUUAUUCAAAUCAUCAUUAUUAACGAAUAAUAUAUUAUAAACGAAAAAUUUGUCCUUUAAUCUUUCAUCCAACUAGGACUGUCUAUAAUUAUAAGAACGACAACUAUUCUUCUUCUUCUCAUUAUUAUUAUUAUUUGUGUUUUGAAUUUCGCCUUCUUACUAACACUAUCAUGCAGUUCGGUUCAUUUUUAUCUUGCGACUACUGUUACUUCUUUCAAAAACACUAUUCUUCUGAUUUUUAUUCCAUAUAUAUAUCUUUAUGCGUUGAGUCCACCUGCCACUACUGCAUUCUCCUAUUGUUUUGUCUUUUAAAUCCUGUCCUCGUAACUUAAUCAUUAAAUUACUUUUCCCACUUCUCAUGUUUAGUAUCAUAUUUCUAUUAUUUACUAAUUAUUAUCAUUGCUAUUAGUUACAAUCAGUAGUAUUUGCACUAAUUGUAAACUGAAAAUAAGAUAGGAUAUAAGCCAUUUAUUUUCUACACUUCCUUACCUUGCUUCCCUCCAAAUUCUCAAUCUUUGUAAAUAAUGAACAUAAAUAUUCUGUGUAAUACGUUCAAUGAGAAUAAGAAACAUCAAGUUAU